UUAGUGUCAGCCAUGGGGAGCAAACAACAAAGAAACAUUUGCCAUUUGGCCGUGGUCUAUUUUCUAUUGAGUUCAACUUCACCUGCUGCAGAUGGUCAGAUCAGAUUAACUGGGUCUGGGUCUACUCAGUGCUCUGGAAGAGUUGAAAUCUAUUACAACAACAUCUGGGGAACAGUCUGUGAUGAUGAUUGGGACUUAAACGAUGCUGAGGUGGUUUGCAGAGAGUUGGGCUGUGGUACGGCACUGAAUGCCACUCAGUCAGCCCGCUUUGGUGAAGGAACCGGAAAAAUCUGGCUUGAUGACGUGGCCUGUUCAGGAAGUGAGAGGUCUGUAACUCUGUGUCAGCACUAUGGAUUUGGGACACACAACUGUGGACAUGGAGAGGAUGCAGGUGUCGUCUGUUCAGGUGUCAGAUUGGCUGGGUCUACUCUGUGCUCUGGGCGAGUUGAAAUAUAUCACAACAACAUCUGGGGAACAGUCUGUGAUGAUGGUUGGGACUUAAACGAUGCUGAGGUGGUUUGCAGAGAGUUGGGCUGUGGUACGGCACUGACUGCCACUCAGUCAGCCCACUUUGGUGAAGGAACCGGACAAAUCUGGCUUGAUGAUGUGGCCUGUUCAGGAAGUGAGAGGUCUCUAACUCUGUGUCAGCACAGAGGAUUUGGGACACACAACUGUGGACAUGGAGAGGAUGCUGGUGUGGUCUGUUCAGCACUCCUCCCAAAGCCCAGCAUCUCCAUGAAUCCUGCUGCUAAGGUUACCUGGGGUCAGAACGUCGGCAUCACUUGUUCUGUCUCAACUCAAACUCAACAGAUUUUAAGUCCAGCAUUUAUUUUGAAAAAGGCUUCAAGUUCAGUUGGAAAGACCCAAACCUCAAGUACCAACUCUGCUACCUUCAACAUGCCUGAAGUCAACUUUGACAAUGAAGGAUCAUACCAGUGUCAGUAUAAGAUAACAGUUGCAGGGCAAGACUUCACCUCCUCGAGUGACUCUGUCAGCCUUUCUGUUACUGUGCCGCUACAGCAGCCCAGCAUCUCCCUAACAUCUCCUAACAGAGGGCUGGUCUGGGGCCCUGAAGGUGCACAGAUCACCAGGGGUUUCAGCUUUGUCUUCACCUGCUCCACUUCCUCCCAUUAUCCUGGAGGUGUUUUCCAUCUCAUCUUCUCUGGUUCAAACCUCACCAACACAGAGCCAGCAGUCAACCAGUCAGCCUCCUUUUCCUUCCUGGUGGCUGAGUAUGAACAACAGGGCAACUACAGCUGUGUGUAUGAAGUCACACUGUCCUCGAGAACAUUCACUUCUACACAGACAGCACCGAUUAGUGUCGUCAUUAAAAUGCAUUUGUUGCCGCUGGUCUCUUCAGUAGCUGCUGGGGGUCUGCUGCUGCUCCUGCUAGUCUUGGUGGUGGUCUGUCUGGUCUGCAAGAGAAGACGACGAGCCAAGCACACUGGAGCCCUCGUCCAAACUCAAUUGGCUGUCAGAGUCAGGAAUGAUUCUGAAGAUAACGAGUAUAAGGACGACGAGGCUGACUAUGAGAAUGUUGAUCCAAUGGACACCACGAAGAAACUCAAAGAGGAAGCAGGGAAAGGGGAGGAAGAGGAGACCAAUGAUUAUGUGGAGCCAGAGAGCGACGUAGAUCAUGAUUAUGAGGAAGCGGACCCAAGUGCAAGUAUUAUAAAGACCAAUGAUAUCAAUUUCAGCGUAGAGAAAAACAGAGAAAAGAGAAGAAGAAGAAGAAGAAGAAGAAAAGACUAUGAAAAUGUAACCUAGCGACUUGGUGAAGAAACUUUUGACAUUUAUGGAGAACAGGAUAUUUAUCAAAACUUUUAAAGUGUCCAAUGGACAACAAUAGCUAAGUUUCCAUCCAUUUGUCAAUCGAAUUAUCUGAAGUUCGGUAAAAAAACUUGUGCGAAUAAAGCUGGUGAAAGUGUGUUUCCAUCCAACAGCUUUAAAGCGAAUAAAAACCGGUCCGUAAUGACAUCACGUGCUGUUUUGCGAUUAAAUAUG